UUUGUCCUUCUCUCUCUCUCUCUCUCUCUCACUUCUCUGUGGUUUCUUACACUGCAAAAAGAAAACAAACUAAAAAAAAAAUAAAAAAGAAAAAAAAACGAAAGGUAGAAGCCUCUCCUCUUCGCUCCCUCCUUCUUCUCUUUACUUUUUCCGCAGAUUUCCUCUCCUUUCUUCGAUCCCACACUGGCAAUCAUGAGUGAAAAGGGUGAAAAAACAUGCCCACUAUGUGCUGAGGAAAUGGAUUUGACUGAUCAGCAAUUGAAGCCAUGCAAGUGUGGCUAUGAGAUAUGUGUUUGGUGCUGGCAUCACAUAAUGGAAAUGGCUGAAAAGGACAACACUGAAGGUCGCUGCCCAGCCUGCCGUUCAACUUACGACAAAGAAAAAAUUGUAGGAAUGGCUGCAAACUGUGAAAGGUUGGUGGCUGAAAUCAAUUCAGAACGGAAACAGAAAUCACAGAAGACAAAGCCUAAAGUUUCUGAAGGAAGGAUGCAUCUUAGUAACAUCAGAGUUAUUAAACGAAAUCUAGUGUACAUAAUUGGCUUGCCACUUGACCUUGCAGAUGAAGAUCUUCUUCAGCGAAGAGAAUAUUUUGGCCAGUAUGGAAAGGUUCUGAAGUUGUCAAUAUCUAAAACGGCAAAUGGUGUUAUUCAACAUUCUUCAAACAACAGUUGUUGUGUGUAUGUAACAUACUCAAAGGAGGAGGAAGCAGUUUGUUGCAUUCAAUCUGUGCACAGUUCUGUCUUAGAAGGUAGAUCAUUGAGAGCAUGUUUUGGAACCACCAAAUAUUGCCAUGCGUGGUUGAGAAAUGUGCCUUGCAACAUUCCAGAUUGUUUGUAUUUGCAUGAUUAUGGCUCUCAAGAAGAUAGUUUUACCAAGGAUGAAAUAGUUUCAGCCUUUUCAAGGAGUAGAAUGCAACAAACUAUUGGUGCUUCAAAUAAUUUGCAUCGGCGUUCAGGGAAUGUUUUACCUCCCCCAGUGGGUGAGGGCAUCGGUAGCAGCAUAUCAUCAUCAGCCAAACCUGUUGCCAAAACUCAUUCAAAUAGUAGGGAAUCUUGUGUGGAUGGUGGCACUGGAACUGGAAAUUCUACUGUACUACCUGCAGCAUCCUCAUGGGUCAUGCGUGUCUCUGCUAGCUUGUCACCAGUUCCAAAUAUGUCAGAUUCAAGUACACUUUUAAAUAAAAGGCCUGAUGCAUAUGCUGGUCCCCAUGUCGCUUCAGAAGUUGUAAGCACCAAAAUACCUACUCAUGAUGUUUGGAGAACUGUGACAGCUGAAGAAAGCAGUGAAAUACAUUAUAAUUGUAGAACUGAUUCUUUGGAAUUUUCCGAAGAGUAUCCUGAUGGCGAUUACCAAACUUGUACAUCAAAUAGAAAAGUGGACACUCUGUCAAAUAUGACUUCUACCCCCGUAACUUGUAGGGACCACUUACCUGACACAUCAGCUUCAAAGGGCAUGGAUAUUGCAGCACCAACCAACAUUGAAAGCUCUAUAAACUACUGCUGCAAGUCAUCCCAUAGCUCUGGUUCAGUUGAUGAAAAUUUUAAUGCAGAUCAGGAUUUUCAAGAUUUAUCUUCAAUCUGCACCCUGAGUCACACUAAAAAUGAGGAGUCUGUUCCUAUCAUUCCUAACAGUUCUGUUCCUACUCAUACUUUGUGUAGUUUGCCUAGAAGUCCUAGUUUUCAGGAGGAAACUAAUGAGCAGAAUGUUAAUGCCCCAAGCUUACCAGUGCAUGGUAAAUCUAUGACUACUGAGGACUUACUAGAUUUUGAUGAUCAGCAACUGAAGGGUCUAGAAGACAUCUGCAAUCUGCCUUCUGCAUCUUGUUCAAUUUCUUUGCAACAUAAUUUGAAUAAGUCAAGCUAUAACACUUGGCAGCAAGGCAAGAUUAAACAUCAACCUGAUCUUCUCGCUCAUUCCGGAAUAUUUCCCAUGCAUGAUGAGGUUUCUUUUCCAUUGACCUAUGAGAACCUAGUCUCAUCCAAUGGGUUCCAUAAUUACAUAGAUGGUUGCUUUGCUGACUUGGAUAGGAGAUUUGACUAUUCUAAUAUGUCCGGAUCAGGGAAUGGAAAAUGUGUUAAUGAUAUAGCUAGUGUUGAGAACUACACUCCAGAUGUAGGAGAAGACAGCAUAAUCUCAAAAAUCCUAUCUAUGGAGCUGGAUCCGUGGGAAGAUUCAUUGACUUCACCAGACAGUUUAGCUAAGUUGUUGAGAGAAACUAAGGAACAGCGUGCUUCUGUUAAACCACCAAAUUUGCGAAAAGUAACUGAUAACAAUCAGUCUAGAUUUUCUUUUGCCAGACAAGAUGAUUUUAGUAAUCAAGCAUCUCAUUUGGAUGAUUCGCUUGGCAGUAUGAUGGACUUGAAUAAAUGUUCUGCGCAUCAUGAUUUUAAUGCAAUCAAUGAUCUUUGCAUUGAUAAAUACCAGAAUCCUUGUUCAUUCAAUUUUUCUGAGGAGUCCAAUAAUCUGCUCAACAAUCAUACUUUUGUGUCUUCUAAGCUUUCUGUUUCAAAAUCCCCAGCUUCAAUCCCACCUGGAUUUCCGGUUCCAAAUAGGACACCUCCUCCUGGGUUUUCGACUUCUGGAAGAAUGCACUUGGCUCUUGAUGCUGCUGCAAGUCAUUUGCUCCAAACUUCUGUAACACAAAUUAAUAGUAUUGGUGGCUCUGGAGAUGUUGAAUUCCUUGACCCUGCAAUACUUGAAGUUGGUCAAGGGGUUAUGGCUAUGGGGUUGAAUAAAUCAGGCUUUGACACAAGGACUUCAGCUCCACACCACAGCAGGCUUGACCAUAACCCAGGCUUUGACACAAGGACUUCAGCUCCACGCCAUAGCAGCUUUGACCACGAUGCGAGGCUGCUGAUGCAACAAUCCCUUUAUGCACAUCAGAACCAGGCAUUCCAAGACCACUCAAGGAAUAGAAUCUUUCAGUCCGAUGAUACUUACACCAGGUCACCCAUGCUUCUGGAUCAAUCUCCUGCAUAUAAUCCUUUUUCAUUCCCACAAUCAACGAUCCAGCAGUUGAGAAAUGCUCAUAUGUCAAAUGGCCAUGGGGGUAGCUGGAAUGAGGGUAGGAGUUUUAGUGAUCUGAGACUGCCAGAAUUACUAAAGAAUGGGGGUUUGGGAUUUAACAAACUUACACCUAGUUAUGAGGAUAUGAAGUGUCAAGUGUCCAGCUCCAGCAAUCUAUACAACAGAGGUUUUGCCAUGUGAGUAGUAGAGUGUAGUUUGCUAUUCUAUACUCAAAUGCAGAAAAGGUUGGACAAAUCGGAUGACAUGGUGGUCAUCAGCUUCCCCUUUUGUCAUAAGUUCAGGUUCCUUGCAUUUGCAGGUAUCUAUUUAGAGGGAACGUGGAGCUUGCCGUGCGUGGAGUUUAGUUGUGCCUUAGUCAGAGGCAGACCUGCAGGACGACAAACCAGCACUCAAACUUAACCCAGUGGGUUAGAGCUGGAUCAGAACACCGGUCUCAACGGCGUCGGAUUGAUGACUAUUGCACGCACAGAGGGGUGCACACACUGAGGGAUUUACAAAUGGAGGCAACGGGGGCAGCUGCCCCGAUUUAAAUUUCAUAAAUCUAUUUUGUAUAUAAACACUAGGAGGAAAUUUGAUACCUUAUGUGAAUUAUAUCCCUUUUUCGUUUAAUUUUGCUUGAGAUUAUUUUUUAAAAUAAUUUUCAUAUGUUUAUUUGAGAAAUAAAGAUUAUAUUAAA